GCGCUGCUAUUGGAAAACAAGGCAAAUUACAGGAGCACAGGCUGUGGGAGGAAAGGCAGCCAAGGGUGGGGUUGGGAUCCCUCCUCCCAGCAGGGCUGUGUGUAGGGUUGGGAUCCCCUCCACUGGGGCCACGUGUGGGGCAGCCCCGUGGCGGUGAGGAGGGCAAGAAGGGCCGUUGGACCCCCCCCAUCCAUUGGAACCUCCCCCCCCAUUGGAACCCCCCGUCCGUUGGCCUCGUGCAGCAGUGGCCGUUGAACGGGGUUGGCAUGGCAGGGGGUGGUGGGAGGCCGUGCUCCCCCCAACAAGCCCUGCUGGGGAUGGCGGCCAUCAUGGCAGUGGUGGUGGAGGCACGUCAGGGCGCUCCGGGAGGAGCAAGAGCUGCACCGGAGGAAGAGCAACCUUCUGUUGGCUUUUUUCAGAAGAAUAUGGUCUAUGGCAAUGAUCAGCGUGCAGAAAACGUAUACGUUAAAACGUUCACCAACAGCCCAACCCUGGUGUGCAUGGAUUUGCCUCUUUCUCAAGACGAAGUAAUAGAUCCCAAGUAUUCAUGGACUGGCCCAGAUGGGAGGAAGUUAGAAGGGCAAGGAUACGCGAAUCUCACAAGCUCUGGGGAGCUGGUGCUGGUGGGCUUCCAGGAGUCCAUGUCCGGAGCCUACAAGUGUGCACUUUCCCACAGAAUCAUAGAAACCUCAGCACAAAAAGAAGUAGAUGUGACCAACACCUACAGGUUCAUGGUGUAUGCAUACAGGGAAGCCAACCACGUGUACCAGGUCUCGGUCCGUUUCACUUCAAAGGGAUGUGAGCUGGCAGCCAACGCACGGUUCGUGGAGGAGCUGAAGAAGAUCCUGGAGGAUCUCAUCUCCGACCUGACGUGCCGCGUGGGGCGGCUCUCGUACCGCUGCCAUUCCCUCGAGGUUCCCCACCGGGGCUCCCCGAGCGAACUCUUCAUCACUUUUCAGGUGAAUCCCUUUGCUCCGGGAUGGGAAGAUCUCUGCAGCCGCCUUCCUCAGGACUGUGAGGACACCACGAACCAGAGAGCUCAGCAGGCAAGCGAGCGAAUAGGAGAGUUUUUCAGGAAGCAGACUUACGCUCUGAAGCACCAAUUUCAGACCGUUCCUACCAUACAUUACGUGGAGGGCAGCUUCUCCGUGACCCCCAUCGACAGCUGCCACCCAGGAUUUGGGAGGAACGACAUCACCCACCGGAGCUGUGCCGGCUGCUGCGUGGUGUGCAGCCCUGGGACGUACAGCCCCGACAGCGCUGGCAGCUGCAGGCUGUGUGCGAGGCACCGCGCUGCGGGGUACGGAGCAAAAUCCUGCCCAUGAAUGUGGCACUGAAUGCAGAAACAGGAGGUGUGAAAGCAUCGCUGGUCUCCCGAUCCUCUGCGUGCUGAGCUCCUGGUCCUGGAGCUCUACAUGCAGUUUGAGCAGCGGCUGAGCUCCUCCACUCGUGCACCCCUCCUGCAUUUCCUGUAUUCGGGCAUAAAAUGGGGUGUUUAUUCAGGGUAAAGCAACCUGUGUGUGUCACAAAGCUGCUGCUGCUCCCUGGGGGUGAUCCCAAACACCACACGGUGCUCUGGGGGCACGGAGGGGUCCUGGCAGCAGAGCAGGACGGGGUCGCGUGUGCCAGAAUGCCAUGAGAAGUUCCUCAGGUGUGAAGCACCAAAUCCUCACCAUUUAGGAACACAAACGCACUUCCCUUGGUUUUCCCCUUUUCUUUACAUCCUGAAGGUUUUGUUCUGCCCAGUGCAGGGCUGGAUGGUUCCUUGGGAAACCACUGCUGAUGCUGCGGGGCGUUUUGCACUGUGCAUCCACCAGCCAUGGGGAGGGUCUCUGAGAUGGGCCUUAAUGAAUUCGGCCCUAACGAGCUCUGCAGUGCAGGUGGGAGAUGAAGAACUCUGCCCUUAUGGCUCAGCCCGUCUGCCCGGAAGGAGCGGUGCAGCAGAGGGAAGGAGGGAGUGUGGACAUCCAGGGAGGGAUGGAUGGAGGCUCCUGCGCCUUCUCCACUAGGUGCUGCUGCGUUCUUUCCUCCCUCCAUCCAAGUACGAAUGGCACGGCCCCGCUCACUGCACAGCAGCUGUGAGCUCCUGGGAUCGGCAGCGGGUCGAGAUGAGAACUUCCAAAGCACUGAGAUAACAAGAGAGCUCAGCUCAGCAAAGCUUUGCUCCUGCCGGCUUUGGACGGCGAGCUGCUGUAUCUGCAAUCGAUUGUUUUGCUCAUUAAGCAGCAUUAGGACGGAUUCUACUCCAGUGCUUUCAGUCCAUCCCCAGAAGCGCUGCUGCCUUCCCACCCAUCCCACGCAGCACGGAGCUCCAUCAGCCAUUCAUCAGAGCUGCCGCCCUCCUGUCUGCCCCUCAGCCUCCCCAGGGGGCACAGAAUUGCUCCCAGCCCCCUCUGCUCCCCGCUGUGGCACAGCUGAGGUCCCACCACGCACAGGGCAGCAGCCCCAGCUCGGAGCACGGAGCUCUGUGCCAUCAGCCUGGCUCUGCACAGCGCCAACCCGCACAGACGAGCAGCUCCCUCUCGGUGACCGCCGCUUCCCACAGCACCCAGAAAUCCCUCCGUGGGUAUUCAUCCAAAAACCAACCAGAUUCUGCCCAGUUCAGCUUAUCCGUGCUGACAGCCGGGCAGCAGAAGGCGGUGUGGGCACAGACUGUGCUCAGAGCUUUUCGGAAUCAUCGCUUAUUAAGUGCUGAUGGAUAAGAUGUACAUCUGAACCGCCCCUGGGGUGGCUGCUACCAGAGCCAACUGGACCCCACGCUGCCCGGGGGGACGCAGCAGAAGGGCUCUGCUCCCUGCACUCCUCUUUGCCAGCAGAGGAAUGUCACAGCCAUCAGCUGUUAGGUGAAGAAGCAGCAGGGGGGCACUGAGCACCAUCCAGUGCUCACCACCCACUCCUCCAACCCCUUUUAAAGCGGCGGGGUUGGAGCCAACUCCCGCAGCAGUUCAGCCUUAAGAACGUGGAAAAGUGAAUCAAACCUUUUGGCUUCACACUGCGGAGGAGUCUGUGCCAUCAGACCAGUGCAGGACAGAGUGCACACCUAUAGGGCAGUACCUUUUCUAUUCCACAACCUCAACAGCUCCCAGGGAGGGUCCCGGCCCCCCCAGGUUCUGCUGAAGCCCAGCCUGGGGCGAGGAUGUGGGAGCCCUGAUGGCAAACAGACAGAUGGACGUGAGCUGCAGGAAGAUGAUGGAGGCUUCAUCGCUGCCACCAGCUGGGGCAACCUGCCCAAAACCUCCCCAUGGCCCCACAAAAAGGCUCCAGAAUCCUCCUAAAACCCUCCUCACAAAUCCCCUCCAGAACUUCUCCUAAAAUCUCCCCCCAAAAUCUCCCCAUAAUCCUCUCCAAAUCCGCUCCAAAUCUUCCCCAAAUUCUACCCAAAUCUCCCCAAAACCUCCCAGGAAUCUCCCCAAUUCACCCCCGGCGUUCACCCCAAAACUCUCCCCAAAUCCUCCCCCAAAUCACCCCCAGACCUCCCCAGACCUCCCCCUUGGACCCGCAGUGCUCUCAGCCCACUCCCUGCCUGUAUUUUCCCCUCAGCCCGUCCCCAUAAGGGCAGCAGGGCAGCUUUAAUGCGUCCUUUGCAGGCAGCGCAUCGCCGUGGGUCGCUGUUGGCAGCAGUGCCACUGUAAAAGGAUUUUUUGUGUUGAAAAUAAAUAAAUAUGAUCUUCUGGAGCUGGAGGGCUGCUGGCAAAGUGUGGGUCGGCCUUCAUCACCGCGUAAUCGCCGU